AUGGCCACGGAAGUUGAAAUGCCCGUCUCCAUGAUGCCCAUGCACCAGGCCCCCGAGUCCUCGAGCCCCAACUCGACUACGGCUCCCGGUUCCGCCACGGCCACCUCCUCUGGGCGGACGCCCUCCCCUACCGCCUCUACCGCCGGCCACACAUCGGCCAGCAUCUCGAAGCGCCCACCUCGCAAGAGCACACUGACCCAGCAGCAAAAGAAUCAUAAGCGCCAGCGUGCCACCCAGGACCAGCUCGCCACUCUCGAAGUCGAAUUCAACAAGAACCCUACCCCCACUGCCAGUGUCCGUGACCGCAUUGCCGACGAAAUCAACAUGACGGAGAGAUCCGUCCAGAUUUGGUUUCAAAACAGACGUGCCAAGAUCAAGCUGCUGGCCAAAAAGAGCCUUGAAACAGGCGAAGAUAUUGACAACAUACCCGAAUCCAUGCGCGCUUACCUUGCCAUGCAAGCGAUGGAGUCUGGCAAGAGCCUUGGUGGAGGCUAUCUCGGCCGCACCGGACUCAUGCCCUUUGGUCACGGAAACUCACUCCUCGGCGAACAAGCCAGCCCCGGCAAGGUUCUGAUUCACCACCUCAGCUGCCGCUCUCUCAGCAUCGGCAAGUGGACCAGGGUCGGCCAGAACACAAUGGAUCUCAUCAUCUUCUACUCCCCCGACAAGUGCACCAUGACCUACUAUAUCAACAACGAUCAAGCCGGCUACAAGAUCGAGUAUCCCUUUGCUUACAUCAAGAGCAUUUACCUAGAACAUAGCGAAGGCGAUCUUUCUAAGCUCGGCGGCAUCGUCAUUGAGCUCAACCACGCCCCCAACUUCUUCAUGGACUCGCCUCCCUCUGCUGGCGGCUUCUACCAAGUUGGCGACUUUACCGAGGAUUCGCAGGCUUCGAACUGCAUGCUUCACCACCUCGGUGGUAACCCCAAGGUCCUCAGCGGCCAGCUCGCCAAGCUCAUCUCCCUCGAGUCCUUCAUGAAUCGCCACAGCAACAUGACCUAUGCCGCCCCCAGCCCCAACGCCGCCAUGGAGGCUCACGCUAUUGCCGCCUCGGCCCCCGUCUCGCCUAUUCCUCGCCCAUCCUCCCAGCCCAACUUUGCUCCCAGCCACAUGGGCAUGAUGCCUGACCAGAACCAAUGGGGCAUCGGCCAGAUGCAUUCGGCCAUGCGCCCUCCCCAGGGCCACAAGCGCCAGAGAAGUCGCUCCGUCCCCGGUCCCAUUGACUUUGCCAUGUUCCAGAACCAACCCAUGCCCUCGUUCUACAUCUCAGCUCCGACCGACAUGGGCCCGCCCCAGACUCCUGGCGUGUAUGCGCCUGUCCCUCAGCAGCCAAACAUGGUCAAUAACCUGCGCAUCGACACCCAAGCUGGAUUCGGACUUGACAUGCGCCAGUAUCCAAUGUCUGCCACGACCGCCUCACCCGCCGACUUCCCCCACAGCCCCAGCUUCUUCUCGCAGGGUCCCGACGGCACGCCGCUUGGCACUCCUGGUUACACUCCUGCUUACAGCGGUGCUUUCAUGUCUCCCAUGGUGGGCCCCGAGCCGAACGGCCCAACGUCAACUCCAUCUCUCGGCUACGCUGGCAACGAGCCUACCAUUGCCGACCAGUCACCUCCCAUGCACAUGAUGGGUCGCCCUGGCUCCGCUGGCAUGUAUGGAGCGCAGGACGGCUCCUGCGCUGUCUCAGAGGAUGGCACGGCGCUGAAUGAUAUGUACUCAAAGCACAACAUCAACCUCUCGCCACACUUUGUGCAGCCGCAACAAGCAGAACUCGACAUGGACCAACUGGUUCAUUUCGACACAGUCGACCCUUCGAGCCUCUCGCCCCCCGAAGCUUUGGCCUCGGCAUCACAAUAA